AUGAGGGCUGAUGCCGAUGCUGAUGUUGAUGCUGAUGCUGGUGCUGAUGCAGCCAUCUCGACGACGACUUGGCCUCCUCCCGCCCUUCCAGCACCCUCACCGUCCCUUGCGGCGAGCAUUCACCCGCCCCGCGACUCGACGCGCUCGCAGAACGUGCCGGCCACCAGCGCAGAGCAGCACCGUCGCGCACUGGCAGGCCGUCGCAAGCCCGCCCCAAGCCCUCUGGUCGCCAGCAACAGCAUUGCCACGCCCUAUCACGAACCACCACGAUCGCCGCGCGAGAAGCUCGACCAGCUGCUGGCCGAGGAAGAGCUGCACCACCAGCAGCAGCAGCAGCAGCAGCACCAACAUCACCACCUCCCGUCUGCACCUGCGAACAUUCCUACGCCUGCUAUUUUUCCUGCCACAACUCCCUCCACCACAUCACGGCGUCCCGCUGGGCAUGCCCAGCUCCGUCACGCCUCGUCGCCCACGUUGUCGUCGUUGGCGGGCCUCUCCCCUCCCUCCUCGCCCGCCGCCAUGCCCCCGCCGUCGCGUCCCAACCGCCCUGAGACGAGACCUACAGCCCCCAUCCGCAGCCCAUCGAUGGACUCAGCCGCCUCGUCCAUGUCCUCGGGCGCCUCGCAGCGCGUCCCUGUCGGCCAUGCCUACCGCCCUUCACAUGGCCGGCCCCUCAUCGCCGCGGCAGGCUCUCCCGAGGCCGCCCUGACGUCCAUGUGGAAGGACAAGCAGAGCACCGCGAACCACAACGCCCAACUCUGGCGGCUCGUUGAGAAGCAGCGGUCCAUGGUCAUUGGCCUGCAAAAGGACCUCGAGCGCGCGCUCAAGGACAAGGACCGCUACCGUCGGAAGCUGAGGGAGCUCAACGACCAGGCGCCUCCAGUGCCCGGCGCACUGCAGCGCUCCGACACACUUGCCUCAACCGCCGAGCGCGAAGACAGCCAGUCGCCCGCCCUCAGCGACAGGCCCGAGGAACCCCCUAAACACCCCGAGCACAAGACGUCGCCUCUAACUCAGCAGCAUCCAGCACCGCAGCUGAUUCCCGACUCGCAACUAGCACAAUCCCCCUCGCACUCGGAGCCCCUGACCGCCUCGAACCCCGUCUCGAGCACCAAUUCCCCCACUGACUACUCAGUGCAGCCCCUACACGUGGGCAGCAAGGGACUCGGUCUGAACACGCUCCUGCACAACGAGCCUCCCUACCCCCAGCCCCCGCAGCAGCCUUUGAAGCCUGAAACGCCGCCACCAACCACCACCCCUCCGCCCUCCGACUCACGACUGCAUCCCCCCGAGCUUUCAGUCACGCAAGCAACCCCCGUGGUCGGCGGAAAUGGCUUUGAGUCCCCUCCACUUAAGACCACACAGCCGCUACGGAAGGCCCCUCCAGCUCCACUGAACCUCUCCAAGCCCAUUACAACCAGCGCCCACCUCCACCAGGCUACCCGCGACGAUGUUGACGACGAAGACUACGACGAUACACUCGAAGCCGACGAGAUCCCCAUUGUCGAACAGCGGGGUCGGAGGAAGACGCGCGAAGAUGACGACCGGGUCCGGGAAGCCAUGGCUGUGAAGGACGAACAAGCCCGGAGCAGGUCCAAGAAGAAGAAGAGUGGGAGCAAGGGCAAGCAGACGCCCGGCGCUGCAGAAGCUACAGAUCUGCCCCAAGCGCAAGCUGCCGCACCGCCCCUCUCCCCUCGCCAGUUCAACCCACUUGUAGCUGGGCUUCCACUGUCUCCGCGGCACCCUCCACCAAGUUCACUGAACGCUUUGCUCAGCCCCACCAACUCGGACAGCUCCAUGAUGGCUAACCGGAGCGUCGGCUCUUUAGGAUCGCCGCUGAUGAGUCCCGGUCUUCCAUCAAGUCCUCGGCCCACCGACAGACCCCUCGGAUCACCGCUGCCCAGACACCCUAAACAGUCAGUAGCAUCUCCGCCCAUGUCGCCCAGUGCAAUAGUUCAUCCAGCCACGCGAAAUCUGCAGCAACUCGGACCACUUCCACCGAACACACCUCAAUCAUAUCAAUCUCCGCCCGCAGCUCAGCCAAACAAUGUCAAUCCCUCCUCCCUGCUGGCAGUUCCCGGGGCGCAGCCAAGCCCCGACUCUAGCUCGAGCAGUCCGACCCUCACUGAAGCUCCGGACGCGGAGCACGUGUACAAAGGCCUCGUCUCUGAUCAGUACCCCGGCUUGCUUCUUCCUCCGAAUGCUUUACCCUCCAUUGAAGUCAAAGUAUUCUCCUCUAGGCUCCGUCCAUCGCGACUCAGUUUCCUGGCACCUAGACCACAAGAAGAAGAUCCGGUCUUCAUCCUUGCCGUAUAUUCUCGUUCGAACAAUAAGCAACUCUGGCGAGUGGAGAAGACCACUGCUACACUGCCAGUUCUGGACUCCCAGCUGAGAGCGUUAUGCGAUCUGCAUGCCAAGGUACCCGAGAGAGCUUUGUUUGGUGGGCAUGCUCCAGCUAGAAUUGAUGCUCGCAGAAUUGCCCUCAAUGACUACUUUGACACGAUUCUCGAGACGCCUAUGAGCGAGGACGCUGCUUUAAUCGUCUGCGAUUAUAUUUCGGCUGAUGUCAUUGGCGCUCAGGCUGGAGACAGACUGAACCCAGAACCCACUCUUGCCCCAGUAGAGGCAGUCCCCAAGACUCGGCAGAGGAAAGAAGGCUACCUGACGAAGCGCGGCAAGAACUUUGGUGGCUGGAAAGCUCGCUUCUUUGUGUUGGAUGGACCAGAGUUCAGAUACUACGAAGUCGAGGGAGGCGCUCAUUUGGGUACCAUAAAACUACAGAAUGCUCAAAUCGGCAAGCAAUCUCAGCAGCAGUCGAAUCAGUCGCCCCAGAGAAAGGAUGACACAGAAGAUAACCAGUACCGACACGCUUUCCUCAUACUUGAGCCUAAGCGUAAGGAUUCUUCGAGUCUUGUGCGCCACGUGCUCUGUGCUGAAAAUGACGAAGAGCGCGAUGCGUGGGUCGACGCUCUUCUACAGCAUGUUGACUGGCCUGAGGACACUUCGCCUAUCGAAGUACCAGUCCCUGCAGCCGCUCGACUACAGAAGACACAGCACAAUCAAGAGUCUCCACGUCCAUCAAGGAAGGAUAGUCCAGAUCAAGCAAAUCUGGAUCGACUUCAGGGUCUCAGUUACGAUGACACCAUUGCCGCCGAAGCGCCAGUCCGCGGACCCCACACUCGAGAAGCCUUGGCCAGUAAGCCAGCACGAGGAUCGCCAAAGAACUCCACGUUCGCUCAAGACAGCUCAGGUCAUUACCCAGCCAUCUCUGGUCCUAGCAAUGGCGCGCCAAUCAAGGACGCCGAGUUCUGGGGCAACAAGUCGUCCUCUGGACAAACUGCAGUCAAGGACAAGAAGCGCAGCAUCUUCGGCUUCAGGGGCCGAGGUGGCUCCUCUGAUCUUGCCCCCGUUCAGAUCAGCAGCGGCCAAGCAUUAGGCCAAGUUGAAUACCGCGCACCGCCUCCGAAUCGGAGCAUUUUCGGCAUUCCUCUACAGGAGGCUGUGGAAUACUCUCAACCUGCUGGUGUCAAUGUGCCAUUGCCUGCUGUUGUCUAUAGGUGUUUGGAAUACCUCCAGGAAAAGAAGGCUAUCAACGAAGAAGGCAUUUUCCGCCUCAGUGGCUCAAAUAUAGUCAUCAAAGGCCUCCGCGAACGCUUCAAUACAGAGGGAGAUAUUAGGCUCCUCGACGGACAAUACUACGAUGUGCACGCAGUGGCCUCUUUACUGAAGCUGUAUCUGCAUAUGGACGAGCGCAGCAAGAAGAUCCAGACCUUCAACGUACUUGUACAUAAGCUGCCUCAUGCCAACUUUGAGCUGCUGCGUCACUUGUCCUCAUUCUUGAUCGAGAUUGUCGACAACGCCGGGUUGAACAAGAUGACUGUCAGAAAUGUUGGCAUUGUCUUUGCACCGACACUCAACAUACCAGCACCUCUCAUAUCCUUCUUUCUGACCGAUUUUGCCGAUAUUUUUGGCACAGCUCUAGACGAAGCGAGCUCACCCAUCCACGAAAUCAGGAGCAACUCCCACCUCGGCGACGAGGCGAUCCGUUCACCUAGGAGACAAAUGUUCUCUGAUCUUCCUACGCCUGCGGAGGCGAAGGAUAUGGAAGUCUCAAUGGUGCUGUUCAAUCUGGCAGUGCCAGAGAGCAACGACAGAGACGGCGGGAAAGUGGCAUGCUACUGA